UUGAGAUAGGUGGCGCGGGAUGUUGUCGUCACCGGAAACCGCGACUACGUCCUUUCAACGCGACUCGGGCGGGCAAUUUGAGCGGACUGCUGUUGUUUGUAACAGCCUUGUGGCGAUAUUACUCUACAGUGUAGAACUCAUCUAAACAUACUCGGUUAUAUCGCCAGGAUACGGUCAGUAUGAACGAGGGGAAGCCCAAAAACAUAAUGGCUGAGUUAAAACCCAUGAACGACUCGCAGAGAAGACGGUCACCGCGGUUGAGCUCUCCUCCGGCUAAUAUCCAGGUUAAACCUGACAACAAAAUGGCGUUUGCUGCUAAACGCUCCAUUACUGUGAGGAAAAUAGCACCCAGAAAAACAGUCGCUCCGUCGGAGCAAAACAAGGAAAACACGCCAGCCCAGCAGAAUAAGCCGAAGGUCUCCACCCCGGAUCCUGUCCCAGGCCGUGGGGGCUCCUCUUCGGCGAAGAAGAAGAAGCUGAAGGCCGUUAUCCUCUCCCCGAUACUCCCCUCCUCACCGCCGGGCCCUUCUCAACCCCAGCCCCCGACAGUGGAACCAGGGGACGCUGUGUGGUCGCAGAAGGUGCGCCGCUCCUACAGCAGGCUCAGCGACCAGUCCAUAAACAGCCCCGACUGCAAGGAGAACAUGUUCGGCUUUCAGAACAUGAACACCCCACAGGUGAUCCGGAGAGUCGAGAGGCCGAAGGCAGGUCUGGAGCUUUCUGGAUCCUUGUCUGGGCUGAACUCAUUCACGUCUCUGCUUGAGGCGGAGGACUGUGGAUCAGCCAUACCUGAGAUGGACCUAAACAUCCCCGGAGUAGUUGUGGUGAAGCAGAAGAGAAGGAGGAAUAAGGUCCAGCAGAUCGGCACCACAGAGAUGGAGGCACUGGCGGCCCAGAUGAACGAAGAGUUUGAAAAGGCAGAGGAGUUUGAGUUGCUUGUGGAGUAAAUAAUGUGACUGAAAGACUGAAGGAAUUUGUUAUAGCAUGCUAUGUUCUAGCAGACAUGCUGGAAAACAUGCUUCUGAGAGGACAACACUGAUAUUCACACUUACAUGUUUUUGUAUAUUUCUAGCUUUAUAUCAUGUACAUUCUUUUGAGUUGUUCAGUUAAAUGCUCUCAUUGUGUUUAUUUGGGACAUGUUCUAUGUAUCAGUAGGCAGACAAGUAAACCCUUAAACCUGUUCUUUGUUGUUUUUUUAAACAUUAUACAGAUUUCUUUACUGUGAUUUAAAUAUCUUCUAUCUGUCAUGUUUAAGGUCCAACAUAAACAAAAACAAAUGUAUUUAAUUUUAAAUUGUUUUAAACGUUUUAAUUGUAUUUUGAAUACCAAACUUAUUGAUGGAGCGAAUAACUAAAAUUGGAAAAAUAUUCAACAGUUUAAUACGGAUAGUUAUCCCAUGUGGUAGCUGUAGUUUUGAAACUUUUAAACAUUAUUUUGAGUAAUGAUAGGGUCCGAAAGCUAUAAAGGGAUGUUUUUAUACCAGUAGAAAUACAUCUGACCUUUCUUAAAUAUAAGAAAUCUAUAUUUAUUUUUGCUUGCCUGUAAAUAAAAUGUCAACAAAUCAAAUCCCCUGAUUUAGAGGGUCCUUCAGCAACAAUACUGUCUAUUUUAAAUAAAUAUGUGUCUUCUGCCUUAACAAUA